UGCGACGUUGACUGACGUUUCGGUUGAGGAGGAGUUCCUGUUAAUCCAAACAUAGACGGCAGCAACAUUCACAGGUUUUUAUCGAUACCAGGACUAUUUUAUAGCGUUGACUCGCCAACGGGAUGGCAGCUCAGAAGAUAAACGAAGCCCACGAACACAUAGCUAAAGCGGAAAAAUGCUUAAAGACGGGUCUGACCAAGUGGAAACCUGACUUUGACAGUGCGGCAUCAGAGUACGCCAAAGCAGCUGUGUGCUUCAAGAACGCAAAGCAGUACGAGCAAGCUAAGGAUGCUUACCUGAAGGAGGCUGAGUACCACACAGAAAACAAGACACUCUUUCAUGCUGCAAAGGCUAUUGAGCAGGCAGGGAUGAUGAUGAAGGAGCAAAAGAAAAUGCCAGAGGCCAUCCAGUACAUAGAGAAAGCCUGCAUGAUGUACAUGGAGAAUGGGACCCCUGACACUGCUGCUAUGGCCUUGGACCGGGCUGGAAAACUUAUUGAACCCAUACAUCUAGAGAAAGCUGUUGACCUGUAUCAGAAGGCAGCAGGUGUAUUUGAGAAUGAAGACCGCCUGCGUCAGGCAGUGGAGCUGCUGGGGAAAGCCUCCAGACUCCUGGUCAGGUUAAAAAGGCUGGACGAAGCUGCAGUCGCCCUGCAGAAAGAGAAGAACAUGUACAAAGAGAUCGAGAACUUUCCCAUGUGUUUUAAGAAAACAACCGCCCAGGUUCUGGUCCAUCUUCACCGAGGCGACUACGUGGCAGCUGACAAAUGUGUCCGGGAAAGUUACAGUCUGCCCGGAUACAGCGGAAGUGAAGACUGCGUUGCGAUGGAAACGCUGCUGCAGGGCUACGACGAGCAGGAUGACGACCAGGUGUAUCGUGUGUGCAACUCUCCUUUACUGAAGUACAUGGACAACGAUUAUGCCAAAUUGGCCAUUUCCCUGAAGGUCCCUGGAGGAGGAGGAAAGAAGAAGAAGGCUGCUGCUGCUCCACAAGGUGGCGCCAGCGGGGGGCCUGCAGCUGCUAAGGAUGAGGAGGAGGAUGAGUAUGAGGGCGGGCUGUGUUAACCUCGACCCAUACAAUCCGUCACCACCAGAACAUCCUCUGUGCUCAGAACCUUUUCAUCCCGGACUGUUUGAUCUUUAACAAGCUGAAAAAAGGAGGAAAAACCCAACAGGUCCAGCCGGUACCACAGGAGAGUGAAUAUUAGGCCUUUAAGUUCGUGUUACUCUUCUGCCUGGUGUAUGAACUUGUUCUGUUAUGUGUUGUCUCGAUAAAUCUGUAUAUUUUGCUGUUAUUGUUUGUGGGUAGAUUAUGCAUAUGCUCAAACCAUGAAUACCCUGAAUGCGACAGAAUCAGUGAAUAGGUGUUUUAUUUAUACAGAGAUCAUUUAUUCAGUAUUCACAGCUGCUGGGAAUGAUAGCGGAGCUGUAUACAAUCGCACGGGUUAUAAUGCAUGUUUGAAAUAAAAAAACGGUCUCAUAAAAUCAAAUAUAAUAAAUUUCAUCAUCUAGAACAACCCUGUUGUCUUCAGCAUCUGUGAUUGGUAAAUAAGCUUUUAUCCAAAUGUACACUACGUUUAAUCUACUUCAUGGUGUGUGCUACCUUAAAAUAAAGAAAUUUUGUCCUGUG